GAUCAUAAUUGCUUCGAGAAAUUUGGUCCGUAGUAAUCCACUUUUGCUUGCUAUUCACAACCAGAACUUGAUGAAUAAUUUUCAUCGAGUUUGUUUCAAUCUCAUUUGAAGAAACGGUCUCGUCAUUUUUUUCAUAGAUCGCGGCAAAGUUCAAUCUUUGUUUACUCUUUUACUUGACUAAUGGUCUUUGACAUUACCCAUUGUUGUAUCAAAUUGUAUCGGUUUCAAUUUGACAAUUUACUCUUCACUAUGAUCUGUAAUUUUUUUCUCAUAUUUGCAAUUAGUUCACAAUUUAUACUUUGUCAAGAUGCUCCAAGGAUCACACCAUUUAAUUUUCCAACUAAUCCAAUGAUUGGGAGAUCAAUUCUUGUUUAUUGUUUGGCUGAAACUGGAACCCAACCAAUUAGAUAUCAAUGGUUACGAAACAAUCAGCCAAUUGAUGAGACUAAUAGCUUAGAGAAUGGAAUCAAACAAAUUGUAGAGCCAAUAACCAAUGCAUUCGGCUUGAUCAUUCAAUCAGUUGAAGCUAAACACUCUGGAAAUUACACUUGCUCAGCUUCCAAUUUGUUUGGUGAUGAUAAAUUUACAUCUCCAUUGAUUAUCAAAGGUCCACCAAUUUGGAUGAAUACAUCUAAUUCAGUGAUUGAUGUUCAACAUGAUCAACCAUUGAAUCUGUUUUGUUUGGCGGGAGGGUUUCCAAUACCAAUCAUUUCAUGGAAGAAGAUUGAUCAAAGUAAACCAACUAAUUCAUAACAUGGAAACAUUUCAUUAACCUUUUCAGAAUUACAAUUAUCCUUUGUGUUAUUACAGUUAAUCAUUUCAAUUGCCAUCGAAAUCGUCAAUUGUUUUGGAAAAAGUUAAAAAAAGUGACCAAGGGAUCUACGAAUGUACUGCUUCGAAUGAUUUAGGAACGAUAACCAAGCAAAUCAAA